AUGUUGGCUUCUGUGGAUCUUGCUAACUGGGAUACCCAGGCUUUCUGUGCCGAAGUCGACCAGGACGAUAACAAGACCAUGCAAAAUUUCCUCACACGUAUGGCCGGCUACAUCGAGUAUCAGCUGUCGAUUCCGCCUGCCUUGGACGACGAGCCGCGUAUCCGUCCCUUGCAGGGCACCGUCAUAGAAGAUAUAAUCCCAGAAGAUCUUACCGAGGACCAAGCGCUCUUGCAAUACGAUUCCGACAACGAAUCGUCCGACGGCGACGCUCCUCAGCCAAUGCAACAUCUGACCGGCCACUGGAAGCCGCGAAGCGGAAAUAUCAGCAUACUUCCGCCGAUGUAUGCCAGAGAAAUUGCACAAUUGACAGGAUCAUCACUCUUCGCCGAAGAAGCCGAGAAGCGCUAUCGAAUCUAUCAAGGCAAUUUUCAGCUCGCUCUUGAGAAGCUUGUGAGGCUUGAGCCUUUACUGGAAACUCUCGCAGCGCAGGCUAGCAAUUGGUCUCUCCGUGCGACUGGCAAUCUUCUCGUCUGGCCUCCCAACCACCAAGACUCUAAACUAGAGUACGUCAACAUGGUGCCUGAUCACUUCUCCUACCACCGUGUCGUCGUCAACCGCCAGGAGCAAACCCUCUUUAGUAAAGUGCUUGGUGAGCUCCGUGUGCUGGAUUCAAGGACGAGGCUUCUGGAAGUACCUCCCAACCUGGAGUACCGCGGUGUUACACAUACUGUUGAGUGCCAAGCUUCGAAGAUCUGGGAAACACAACAAUACGCAAGUUUUGGAGAUCCUAAAAAUAUGGUCCCCAUCGUCACGUCUAAUCCGGCCUCCGCGGACAAUAGCGAGACAGGGACGGUGAAAGGUGCCGAUAAUGACAGAAUUACGGCGUGGACGCACAACAUUGUCCCUUCGGCGAAUCCUGAGAUUACCCCUGAAGCACCGGUGGAGCAGGCACCGCCUCCACGCCGCAGAGUCAUACUCCAUUCUGACAGCGAGGACGAUGAGCCAGCUCCGCGAGCUAGGAAACCUGCUCCUUCAAUCGUCCCGCCAGCCACAUCAGCUCCUCUCGUCCAACUAUCAGAUGAAGAGGAUCUGAUAGAAGCCUCGGUACAACAAGCCGUCAAGUCUGCACCCUUUCUAUCCUCUUCCAACAACGUCAAGAACAACAACGACACCCUCAUCGACGUCUCGGAAGAAGGGAGUACGCUUGCGAAUAGAUCGUCUACAGUUGCAUUUGGGGCUCUGCCAUCCAGCCUGGAGGAAGACACUGCUACCAAUGCAAGACAGUCUCCCACCACUCGAACGAACUCAAUCGCCAACGAUGGAAACUCAGGCAUGCUAGAACGGAUGGCCCACAGCCCUCGUGCCCAACCAGUAGAACUGGUCGGUGACCAAGCUCACAUCGAUACGCAGGCGGAAAGCCUCGCAGAGUCACAUGAGGUCGCUUCUCGGUCUACAGACAUACCAACGACGAUCCCAGAAGAUCCGCCGUCUCUGCCUUACCGAAGACCUGUCUUUGAUCCUAACGCAUAUCGAUCACCCCCACAACCAGCUCGGCAUCACCGUGGCCGGGGAAGUCAACGUAGGCGCGCUAAUGGUCACCAUCGCGGCAGUAUUCAAGGCGACAGAAAUCCAAACAAUAACAACGCUCAUCAACCACGACCCAAACCAGCUCCUACACGAGCUUCUCCUCGAGGUGGUCAUCGAGGGGGCGGACAUGCAGGCCCUUGUAUCGCUGCACCUGGCGGAAGAUCCGUGAACGGUCGUGAUACUGUAGUGGAUAUGCCGCCUGCAUCUGACAGCAAUCUGAUCGACCUCCGAGUACCAGCUACUGCGAGCCGUGCUCCUGUUGUGCCUCCCGGUUUCGAGUCGAUAGUGCCGCUCGUGCCGGAAACCGUCUCCCGGGCACCUGCCAUCCCACCCGGGUUUGAGUCCGAUAUUGCUCCAAGACAAGCUGCUGAUACCCAUUUCGAGGCCGUGCAGUUACAGAGUGUGUGCGAAAACCCGUCACCAACUAAGCCGCCGUCCCAAACCCAUGUGCGAUCCAGCACCGCCUCACAAUCUCCGAGCUCCGGGCGAUCCCGCAACACCCGUUUGAAGUUUAGUGACGAGGGUUCAGAAUGGGUCACCACAUUCAUACCCAAGGUUGACCAGGCGGUGUUGAGGGAAAAAUCCCUACGGGAAGCUAUGGCAGCCAUGGCAGCCAUGGCAGGCAAGAACAAGAAAGCCGACGAAGAAGAACCGCCCAAGAAACAUUCAACCAUGCGCCAGCAGGCCGGGAAUCCUGGCACGCCUUUGAAGAAACCUUCGAAGAAGGAGACCAAAGAAGAAGCGGCGGCGCGCAGAAGACGAGCGAUCGAGGAGGCUCACGGUCCGACCCCGACGGCCGGUCCACAACGAUCAACCACCUCAAGCGUCGAAGACAUGAGCGAGUGGAAGAAAAAGCAGAUGAAGAAGAAGACACCCAUGGCGCAAGCACAUCCCGAGAUCGUAGGAGACAGUCUUCGAGACCAAGAGGCCUACAAGCUUAUCGGGCUUUUGCAACCCGUGUUUGAGGUAGGGAGGCUUCUGCCCGGGAAACUCAACUUUGAAAUCCAAGUCGGGCAAGUCCUCGUCACGCCAGGACAACAGGUGCUCGACAAGACUUUCCACAGCGUCGAGGAUUGGAAGUCCUACUUCGACCCGCGCAGAUCUGGCCAUACUUUCUCCAGCUUCACCAAGAUUUUGACGUCCAACGGCGCCGAUAUCGAUCGCGCCCUCGAAACAAAGGGUGCUGGCAGAGGAGGCAACCUCAAGCUGUGGGAUCCCACGCCCAGCUCUCUAUCUGUCAGCUACGAGUUCCAGUGCCAGAGCCGAUCCAACGAGAACUUCCAGAUCGUCGUCGACGAGAGAGGGGGCUAUGAGUUACGAAAGGGGCUGGUCAACGUGGGCACGAUCAGCAUCCACGUUCCCGCUCAGAUCUGGGACCUCUCGGCCGCUCUGUCUGGGCCGUUGAAGUGGUCUGACCCGUCGGACACGGUCGCGCACAGUGUCAAGACCUUUGUCGAGUCACUUUACAUCUUGCCCGACCGGAAGAAGAUCAUGCUGUACUUCCGCCCGCCUCACGAUGGCGAAUUCAAGAUCCGCAACCUCAUCGUCAAGAGAGUCAGCCAUCAUCCGAGCAACAGACCCGAUGGCAAAGACCUUGCGCUCAAGGUGACCGAGGCCAAGAAUCUGCAGUUCAAGGUGCACGCCGAUGACAAGAAGCUGUGGCUGGCCUACGAACCCAUCCUCGAGCCCGGCGAAGAGGCAGAUUAUAAGCUGCAACUUGCCGACGCCGGUCGAAUCCACUACGAGCUGUCGGUUGUCCAUCGUGCCAUUAACCAAGUCCUCGCAGAGAACGAGUCUCUUGAGAUUGGCGAACUCACUGCGGCCGAAACCACGGGCCAGACCCUUCUCGACCGCACCGUCAUCCGUUCCAUGCUCGACGCUGCCGUCCAGCUGGUCUCGAAAAUCGACUACAUCGGCAUGUGGAACUACGGGACGCAAAAGCGCCUGCAAGAAGAGGAGAACGAGCGGCGGGAGAAAUUGCUGGGCCCUCGCGGUAGAACGGUUGUCGCUCCGGGCGUAGGCCUCGUCCAUGGUUCUAUCAUGGGGGCCAGCCGUAUGCCUACAAUGUCAGGCAGCACGACAGGCGGGCCUUCGGCGCAGCAGCAGCCCAUCCCUGGCAUACGCUUGAACACCGUGGCCGAGAUCAUGGUGGACGAGUCUGGCAACCACUACUACCUGGGCAUGGGUGGUGCGAGGGUUCCCAUCCCGGAGUCGCAAGAGAUUAUUGACCCCGCGGCUACGGUGGUGCCGGACGACAGUGCGAGCAAUGCUGGGAGAGGCCCUCAGUUCGUGGGCGCGUCUCGGUUUGUUGAUCGAGGAGCGGCAUUCUGGUGA